AUGUUGCGGAUAGGGUCAUCUGCAUCUCUGUUGCUGCGUACUCCCAGAUGUACGGCUACGGCAGCUCAAAGCAGCCUUGCUAUUCACACUUGCAUCGCGCAUCGAAAAAACUGUACGAUUUCGCAGGCUCACUCCCUCAUUGCCCCAUCUGUGCUGGCCCACACCCGUACCACUUGCCCCGACGGCUCAAGGCAUGCAACUCGUCAUGUACGAUCUUUGCACACCACAAAAACUUCGGCCUCGACAGUAGAGGCUGCAGCCGCACAGAACGAUCCAGCACCAAGCGAAGCGAGCGAGACCGAGCAUGCCGUCAUUUCCACCUUCGAUCUGUUCUCCGUCGGCAUUGGCCCAUCUUCCUCUCACACUGUUGGUCCAAUGCGUGCUGGUGUUAUCUUCGUCUCAGACCUGGCCGACAUGGAUCUGCUCGAUCGCGUACACACAAUCAAGAUCAACCUCUACGGGUCGCUUGCUCUGACAGGUGCAGGGCAUAUGACACCACAAGCGCUGCUGGGCGGUCUUGAGGGCGAUGACUGCGAAACCGUCGAUCCUCCUUCGGUUCCGGUUCGAUUCGAAGAGAUCAAGCAGGCAAAGAAACUCUAUCUUGGCAAAAACCUCUUCAAAACGCUGGGUGAAGGAACCACAGAUUCUGGAAAGCCGAUCACGAAGGGAAAGAUGAUCGAUUUCGAUUAUGAUCGAGAUCUCAAGUGGAUGUUUGGUCAGGUGCUGCCUCAUCACUCCAACGGGAUAAGGAUGAGCGUGUUUGACAGUGAUGGAGAGAUGCUCGCCACCAACGACUAUUACUCGGUCGGAGGCGGAUUUGUAGUCAAUGGCGCGCUUGCUACGCCAUCGUCGUCUGCGACCUUGUCCAAAGCCAAGCCCGAGAUGGAACAUGUCAAGGAUGUCAAGCAUAGCCAUUCGACUGCUGCUACGCCACUGCACGACGAGACACUCGAGGUCUCGGCGCAUCCUAUCGACUGGGGUGAAAACGUGUUCUACAAACAGAUUCGUCGUAGUGACGCCGAAGCUGCACGUCGAGCUGGGUCCGCGCCCACCGUCGAAGGACUCUUGCCUCAAGUAGAAGCUCCAACCCCGGCGCUUGAUUCUAACUCUGCAUGCGUGCCCUCCACGACGCCCGAAUCGCACUCGCCGGAAAAGCUCACAUCGCGACCCGCGACAGGCCCGCCAUUCCCGUUCCACAACGCGGCUAGCUUGCUGCGACAAUGCAAGACGCGCAACCUGACGAUCGCACAAGUGGUGUACGAAAAUGAACUGACGUGGAAUCCGCCCGAGGUGGUGCAUGAGAAGCUGGUCAAGAUUUGGACUACGAUGGACGAGUGCAUCAGGGCAGGUGUUGAAAAUGAGGAAAAAAUAUUGCCGGGCCCGCUGGCGGUGAGAAGGAGGGCGCCGCAGUUGUAUGCGCGGCUGUUGAGGGGUGUCUAUCGCGGCGGAGCUUCGCUCCACGGUGGAGGGGCAGGGUAUGCCAAGCUGGAUGAUGGCGCACCGGGGAUUGAUUCCACUGCACCUGUCAAACGUACACAGUCGACGUCGCUCGAUCUGAGCACGCCUAAGCUGCGCACGCGCAUGAUCGGCAACUUCAACCACGCCAUCAUGCCGUGUCCACCGCGCCGCACCAACUUUCCCGCAAUCGACUAUCUGACGUGCUACGCGAUCGCUACCAACGAGCAGAACGCCGCGGGUGGGCGCAUCGUGACCGCGCCCACCAAUGGCGCCGCUGGCGUUCUGCCGUCAGUGCUCAAAUACUGCUUCGAGUUCAUCUUUGACGAUGAUCCCGUGCGCGACCUGACCAACUUUCUGCUCACCGCUUCCGCCAUUGGUAUGCUCUUCAAACGUGGUGCUACGUUAUCUGCUGCCGAAGGCGGGUGUAUGGCCGAAGUCGGGGUAGCCACCGCGAUGGCAGCCGCUGGGUUUGUCGCCGUGCUGGGCGGUAGUCCUGAGAAGGUGCUCCAGGCUAGCGUGAUCGGCAUAGAGCACAAUCUUGGCUUGACGUGCGAUCCGCUCAAUGGCCAGGUCCAGAUCCCGUGCAUCGAACGAAACGCGCUCGGCGCUGUCAAGGCGGUCACUGCUGCCCAACUUGCGCUCGCAGGCGACGGAAAACACUCGGUCAGCCUCGACGAUGCCAUCACCGCAAUGCGCGAAACAGCCAGAGACAUGCAUACCAGCUACAAGGAGACGAGCUUGGGCGGAUUGGCUACUGCAGUCAAGGUACCCGUUGCCAUCCCGGAUUGCUGA